CUGUGUCCGUAUGGUAAUAUCCAUAUCCAGAUUGUCAGAUUUGGAUGUUCAUCUAUUUUAAUGUUUUUUGGUGUUUUCAAAAAUUAGUUUCCUCUAGUGUUUGUGGUCGCGAUUGAAUUUCUGAAGUGUAUUAAGACUCUGUGUGAUUCCCUUUAGGUUUGCCUGUCUUUAUUUCUGCAUGCUGUUUCUACGGUUAAUCUGACAAACAAGUUUUACACUUUCCAGGUAAGAACUUCCAACAUUGUUGAUUGUCUAAACACUAAUUCAUCAACUGAUUAGUUGUGGCAACUUUACUUUGACCGCCAUUCUGAAAUCCUGUAAUAUGGAUCGUUCUUGACAUCGGCCCAGAACUACUGGGAGUGGCGCAAUAAGAUGUCGCGUCUUUCCCAAUUCUACACCGUUGAGGUGGGAGACACCAAAUUCACAAUUCUCAAGAGAUACCAAAACCUCAAACCCAUUGGAUCUGGAGCUCAGGGUAUCGUUUGUUGAUUUGGAUUGCGUUUGCCUUUUUCGUGUUCAUUGACCUAGUGGUGUUUUGAUCGUAUAUUUACCCAAUCCUCCAUCCUUGUUUCUAUGCCCGUUCUAAAUCUUACCUGAAUGAACUGAAUUUGUUUUAACAAUAUUGUUUAAUUUUCCAAUCUAGAAGACAUAUUUUGGAUUAGACGAUUUUUAAUUUUCAUGAUCUUCUCGUAACCUAAUUUAUACACGGCACCGUUUCCCAUCCCGUCCUUCCUCAAUAUCCACAGUACGUACAAUCAAGCUUAGCACAAUGAGUAUACGCGAAGGCUUCACUCUAUAUACCUUUGAAGGUACUGAAUUUUGGGUACCCGAUAGAUAUACAAACUUGGAACCCAAGGGUGGAGGUGCUCAAGGUUUAGUAUGCGCUGCAAUUGAUACAGUAACCCAACAAAACGUGGCAAUUAAGAAGCUGAGCAGACCAUUCCAGAAUGUGACCCAUGCAAAGCGAGCAUACCGAGAAUUUAAACUAAUGAAAUUAGUUGACCACAAAAAUAUAAUUGGUCUUCUAAAUGCAUUCACUCCUCAAAGGUCUUUGGAAGAAUUCCAAGAUGUCUACCUGGUGAUGGAGCUAAUGGAUGCAAACUUGUGUCAAGUGAUUCAAAUGGAUCUGGAUCACGAAAGAAUGAGCUAUCUACUGUAUCAAAUGCUGUGUGGUAUAAAGCAUUUACAUUCAGCGGGUAUUAUUCAUAGGGAUUUAAAGCCUAGUAAUAUAGUUGUUAAGUCGGAUUGCACUUUAAAAAUUCUGGAUUUUGGUUUGGCCAGGACAGCCGGAACAACGUUUAUGAUGACGCCAUAUGUUGUAACUAGAUAUUAUAGGGCGCCCGAAGUGAUAUUAGGUAUGGGCUAUACUGAAAACGUGGAUAUAUGGUCAGUCGGUUGUAUCAUGGGGGAAAUGAUUCGCGGAGGAGUUUUGUUUCCGGGCACUGAUCAUAUUGAUCAGUGGAAUAAGAUUAUUGAACAAUUGGGAACGCCUUCUCAACAGUUCAUGGUGAGACUGCAACUUACUGUAAGGAACUAUGUAGAAAAUCGACCGAGAUAUCCUGGAUUCACAUUUGAAAAGCUAUUUCCCGAUGUUUUGUUCCCUUCGGAUAGUAGCGAGCAUAAUAGGUUAAAGGCUACACAAGCGCGAGAUUUGUUGUCCAAAAUGCUUGUAAUCGAUCCCCAGUCUCGGAUAUCUGUAGAUGAAGCGCUGUUACAUCCGUAUAUUAACGUGUGGUAUGAUGAACAAGAAGUAAAUGCUCCUGCGCCAGGUCCGUACGAUCACAGUGUGGAUGAACGAGAGCACACUGUCGAGCAAUGGAAAGAAUUAAUCUAUCAAGAGGUCAUGGAGUAUGAAAGUUCUCAUGGUAGAGCUCAGUCCAGCGGAUCACAGCAACCAAGUCCAGCAGCUCCCAACAACGUAGAACCAAAUGGUUACUGAAUGGGAUAAAGAACAAUCGUUACACCAGACUAACAAACAGUAGAAGAUACCUGAGAGAACAAUAAGUAGGUUAUAUAUUCCCUCCCCUUCAUUAUUAUUUGAUGCAACUUUUUACGCUGAAUGAUAUUUAUGAAUCAGAUUAUUCAAGCUCAGACACUUAUUCUUUGGAGUAAAAAUUAAAAUGAUUCGUUUCCGAGACACGGGGUGUUAAAGUUUUUCUUAAAAACUGACGUCUGGUAUAUGUAUUUAUUGCUCAGAAACCGGUCGAGAUAGGCAAAUGAAAUUUGGUGCGUUUUAAGAGGUAGUCAUUGCGUAUUUAUUCA